AUGGAUCCAGAUCUCACCAUCGUCCUUCUGGGAAAAACUGGAGUCGGUAAAAGUGCUUCAGGAAACACCAUUUUAGGACAAGCAGCGUUUGAGUCAAAGUCUUCUUUGCAACCAGUGACAACAAGAAUCUUUGAGGUGACAGGGCAAGUGUUCUGGAAACAGAUCUCAGUGAUCGACACUCCAGGGAUAUUAGGAUCAGAGGAGUUGAUUAAAACCUACUGUCAGGAACUCCAGCAGUCCUACAGACCUCAUCUGUUCCUGGUGGUGUUCAGCAUCAGGUGGUUCAGUGAGGAGAACCAGAAGGCUGUGGAGGCAGCGGUCAGAGUCCUCGGGCCUCAGAGCUUCAGAAAGAGUUACCUGCUCUUCACAGGUGUGAAUACUUUGAACGACAGACCACUGGAUGAUUGCAUACGCGAAGGUGAUGGAGGUCCACUUCAAAAUGCUGUUGAAAGAUUUGAAAGGAGGUAUCACCAGUUCAACAAUCAAAGUGCGGGACGAGAACAAGUUCGGGAACUGCUGGAGAAGUCAGGCCACCUUAGAUCCCUUCAGCAACUCUCUUCACCAGGUACCAGGUUCACAUACACCGUAUUUUCAGAUUCUCAGUGA